AUGUCGUCACGAUCACAACCUUUGCAAGCUUUGCAAGCUUUAAAUAAUGGUCAAUUAAAUGCUAGAUCAAAUAAUAUCACACCUAUUAAAUCAAUCAGACGUAAUAAAGAAAAUAUUCAACCAACAGAUAAACAACAACAACAACAACAACAACAACAACCAAAAAAGAAGAAAGAAAAAUUAUCUGCAUUAUGUAAAACUCCUCCAUCAAUUGUUAGAACAAGAAAUGGAAGAGAUUAUCGUCGUGGUAAUUUUUUAGGUGAAGGUGGUUUUGCUCGCUGUUUUCAAAUGAAAGAUUCUUCAGGUCAAAUUUUUGCUGCCAAAACUGUCGCAAAAGCUUCAAUUAAAAAUGAAAAAACUAAAACUAAAUUAUUAUCAGAAAUUAAAAUUCAUAAAUCUUUAAAACAUCCAAAUAUUGUUAAUUUUAUAGAUUGUUUUGAGGAUGAUGUAAAUGUUUAUAUAUUAUUAGAAAUUUGUCCAAAUCAGUCAUUAAUGGAAUUAUUAAAAACAAGAAAAAGAGUUUCUGAACCUGAAGUUAGAUUAUUUAUGGUUCAAAUUGUUGGUGCUAUAAAAUAUUUACAUUCAAGAAGAGUAAUUCAUAGAGAUUUAAAAUUAGGUAAUAUAUUUUUUGAUCCAGAAAUGAAUUUAAAGAUUGGAGAUUUUGGUUUGGCAUCUGUUUUACCUUCAACUGAUUCCAAAAAAUAUACAAUAUGUGGUACACCAAAUUAUAUUGCUCCAGAAGUUUUAGGUGGUAAAAAUACUGGUCAUAGUUUUGAAGUUGAUAUUUGGGCUAUUGGUAUUAUGUUAUAUGCUUUAUUAAUUGGUAAACCACCUUUUCAAGCAAAAGAUGUUAAUGUAAUUUAUGAAAGAAUUAAAAAGACUGAAUAUACUUUCCCUGAUGAUAAACCAAUUAGUUCACUGGCAAAACAAUUAAUAAAAGAUUUAUUGAGUUUAAAUCCAUUAAAUCGUCCAAAUAUUAAUGAAAUUUUAAAUUAUGAAUGGUUUAAAGGUCCAUUUCCAACAAGAAUUAAUGAAUCAAGUUUAACUGAAUCACCAAAUGAAUUUAAUUUAAUAUCAAAAACUCAAUCAGCUAUAAAUUUUAAAAAUGCUAAAAAUUUAGCAGGAAUUUAUACACCAAAGAAUAAGAAUCCAGUUGAAAUUUUAAAAACUGAUUUAAAUUCUGAAAAUAAAAAAUUAUUACCACAAUCAUUAUCACCAAAUGAUACAAGAUUAAAAUAUCAAGAAGUUGAUCCAAAAUAUAUUGGAAAGAAGAUAUUUUCAACAAACUUUCAAGUUAAACAAAUGAAUUUAAAUAUUUUACAAAUUUAUAAAGCUAUUAAAGAGUUGGAAAAUUAUCAAGAUGAUAGUAGUAGUAUAAUGAUACCACAUUUUGAAACUCCAACAUUAAUAAGUAAAUGGGUUGAUUAUUCAAAUAAAUAUGGUUUUAGUUAUCAAUUAAAUAAUAAUCAUAUUGGUGUUUUAUUUAAUGAUGAAAAUACAAUUUUAAAAACUAACGAUAAAAUUAUAGAAUUAAUAUUUAAUGAAGAUUCAUGGACAACAAUUGAAAAUUCUUCUACACAACCACCGACUCAAAUUCAUAGACAACUUCAAAUUAUUGAUUUUUUUUCAAAAUAUAUGAAUUCUAACCUUUCAAAAAUUGGAAGUGAAAUUCAAGAGAAUAGGGAAAUUAUAUUUUUAAGAAGAUAUACUAGAAACUCAUUAUAUAUAAUGUUUGAAAUGUCAAAUGGUAAUUUUCAAUUUAAUUUUCUGGAUCAUCAUAAAUUGGUAUUAUUUAAUUCAGAAUUUGGUAUUGCAAUAUCACAUAUUUCACCAACAAGAAAAAUUACAACUAUACCAUAUCAAUUAAUUAAUAAUUUAAAUUAUCAUAAUAUUCCAGAUUAUCAAAUUAAAUUUCAAAAUAUUAAAAAUGCUAUAAAAGAAUUAAUUUAA